AUGGAUGACCAAAAUGAGAACUUUGUCAUCUACAAGGACGAAAACGAAUUUGAGGAGUUUAACCGGGAGGAGUGGACGCCGAACGAGGAGGAUGCCAGUGACCUGAAGGUUUGGGAUGAAACCUGGGACCAAAAUGAUAUCGAAGACAAAUUUACCGAUGAGUUGAGGUCGGUGUUUUCUUACCACUGUAGCAUUCAGUUAUACUUGAUAGUGCUUUAUUCUCUUAUCCCUCGUGUUAUAACGGUAGCCAAAACUGCGAUAUUCCCGUCUGACUAA